AUGAGAUACGCCACUCACCUCAUUGGCUCGCUCAAAGACGUCCUGCACAGCGGAUUGCCCGUACAGAUUGUCUACGCCGGAGACAACGAUCUCCCAGUUGAGGACCGAGAGCGUCUGCGCUCGCGGUUCAGAGAGGUCGAGUUUCUAGAUAUCCUGACGCUCAUCGACGACACGACCACGAAGCUCGAGAAGGGCGGUUGGGCCAUCAAGGCCUUCGCAGCCCUCUACUCACCAUUCGAGGAGGUCAUCCUACUGGAUGCGGAUUGUGUCUUUGUCCAGCCUCCUGAGAAUCUCCUUUCGCAUCCUUCGUACGCCUCCACCGGCGCUCUGCUAUUCCACGAUCGACUUCUCUGGCAGCACAAUUUUCGUGGGCGCCACGAGUGGUGGAUAUCACAGAUCCGCCAUCCCAGCGCAACACUAAACGAGUCACUUGUGUGGACCGAAGAUUACGCCGAAGAAGGGGACUCCGGCGUGGUUGUCGUCAACAAGUCGCGACUGGAUGUGUUUAUGGGGCUUCUGCAUGUGGCCUGGCAAAAUACCCAGGCCGUACGAGACGAGGUCACGUACAAGAUCACAUACGGCGACAAGGAGUCUUGGUGGUUUGGCUUCGAGCUCAGCGGAUCAGGCUACUCUUUCGAGAGGCACUACGCCACGAUGGUUGGUUGGCUUCAGGACAAGACGGAACAGUCUAUGGAGAGGAUCUGCAGUUUCGUCAUCGGUCACCUCGACGACAGGGACGAGGUGCUCUGGUACAAUGGAGGGCUCCUGAAGAACAAGAGGCUUGAUCCGCUCGAGUUUGGUCUUCCCACGCACAUGAUGGUCGACGGGACCUGGGAGAAGGGCGCGACGAAGGAUGACAUGAGCUGUAUGCUUGGCAGCACUGGCAAGCCACUAUCGCGGGAAGUGGACCGGAUCUUGGACAAGUCUAUUACUCUGGCACAAGAACUGGAUACCGAAUUUGGCUUUGUCUAA